AUGAGAACAAAAAAAAAGUAUGAAGAAGAAGAAGCAUAUUUUCAAAAUGAGUUCGUUAAGAAACGAAAAACAAAUAACAAAAUUAGUAUUAAUGAUGUAAAGUUGGCAAUAAAAUCUAUUACGCCUAACCAAGUUCAAACAUCAUCUCUUAUAUCUACAAAAAAAAGAAAAAGAUAUAAUCAAUUUUGGUCUACAAAAAGUCAAAGCAAUACUAAAAAUAUAAACUAUGCCAAGUCAGAUAAUCAUAAGAAUAAGGUCAAAUUGGAUAAUAUCAAUAACGAUGAUCACUUUGAGAAUAACGAAUAUAUCGAUCACUUUGAGGAUAACGAAUAUGAUCAUUUUGAGAAUAAUUAUGAUGAAUUAUUAACAGCACUUCAAUUACUUACUCCACAUUCUACUGUUAGAAGUUUGGCAAUGAAUGAUAAUUUUGAAGCUGCUGAAUUGCAUCAAUUUUUAAUAAUGCGUAACUUAGAGUGUGAAUUAAAUAUUGGUACUGAGGAUUUUCCUGGUGAAAUGAUGAAACCAAAGAAAAUACAAGUAGCUUUGCCUGAUGAUAUUUACAAUUUAUUAAUCGAUUAUUAUAAUAAUUGGUAUAAAUCAAAUUUUGUUUCUAUUG